AUAUAACAAGGAGAAAGAGAGGAGUGAUAUCCCAGUGGGCCUCGGUAGAACCCUGCAAACAGUGUUCAGACAUGAAUAAUCGCUCCAUUGCCUGGUGGCUGAAACAGAUCGGCCUGCCCCAGUACACCAAGACACUGGAGAGAGAAUAUUAUGGUCUGGAGGGUUUGCUGGGUGUAACGGACGGAGAGCUGAAGGAUUCGGGGAUCGAGGAUGCAACUCACAGAGAGACCAUCCUCAAUCAACUGUCAAGACACCAGCAGAGUCUGGAGCCAAACUCUGCUUCAUAUCUAACGGACGGACAUAAGAAUGGUGUGCAAGUGGAGCGCAGGGUGAGCCGAAAGUACUCCCUGGGGUCGUCUAUGGAUCUGGUGAAGCCUAAGAAGGACUUGUUUCGUCAGAGUGUGCUGCCCCGCCUCCAGCGCGCUGAUAAAAAACACCGCCUCGCCUCCUGCUCCCAGCUCCGCCCCCUGAACGAGGACAACGCUAUCAGCGAGGCGGAGCGCUGUCAGGACAGCAAACGCAGCAAGAGGAGGAGUGUCAGCGCAUACCUCAGCCAGCUGAAGGUGUUUGGAGGUCGAAGAGACAUGGACUCAUUUAAGAAGGAGCUGGAGGAGGAGCUGAAGCUCAGCACUGAUGACCCGACGAGCCACGCAUGGUACCACGGACCGCUGAGCAGAGAGGCUGCAGAGUCUUUGUUUGAGAGGGACGGAGACUUCCUGGUCCGUGACUCAAGCUCUUGCCCCGGAGACUACGUUCUGAGCUGCUUUUGGAAGGAUGGGCCCAUGCACUUUAAGAUUAUACGAGUGAUCCUUCGUCCAAAAAAGGGCUACACUCGGGAGCUGUUCCAGUUUGAGGAGGAUCGCUUUGACAAUGUUCCUGCUCUGAUCCGGUUCUAUGUGGGCGACCGUCGGCCCAUCUCCCAGGCCUCUGGCGCUGUGAUCUUUCACCCAAUCACACGGACCCUUCCUCUGCGUGUCAUCAUCGAGCGACAUGGAGAGCCCACAGGCAGCAGCAGCAGCAGUAGUAGCAAUAGUGGUGGUGGUGGUGGUGCGGGGCAAGAGAAACACAGUCAAGCCGACAAAAGGCGCAGCCUCAGUUCUGCACAUAACGACACACUGCAGCUCAUCAAUCCGCUGCUAAGGAGUGGAAGUCAGCCUGCGAACUUGGAGAACGUUGGACGUAGACCUUCACUUCAGUCUGCACAGUCUGACAGCAACCUACGAACUGGCGUUCCACAGAACACUCAGUCGAAGGACACUGGCCCCGCCCCCAUCUCCCCAGUGUUUCGCACCGGCAGCGAACCCCUGCUGAGCCCACGACCACGACACACACGCCCCUCCUAUCCAGGUGGUGGUGUAACUUUGCGAGGAUCAGAUGGACAGCUGCACCCCAGAGCUCCUCCUAAACCUCUCAGGAUCUCUGUAGUGUUUGCCAAUAGCGUCCGUCCUCCGCCCACUGACCGGGACAUUAACCCCUCCUCUCUCUACGAUGAGCUGGUCAUCCAGGUGCCACAAGACCGGCAGAAAGGUCAUGUGGACCGACUGCGUGCAGAGGAGAAGUGGCAGAGCCGCGCCCGCCUCACAGAGACUUCCUUUGGCUUCCUGGAGGCACAGCAGAGCGAAGAAUCAUCACAGCUGCCGGUGCUGCCGCAGAAGAAAAAGGCAGAGGAAGUGGAAGACUGGCACUUUGAAAAGCCACAAGUGGAGUCGGUCUCGUGUUUCCAGUUGGAUCAGUUUGAGUCGCUGCUCUUGCCGGAGAACAACCGCCCUCUGGAGCCCAUCGUCCUGCUGACACUCAAAGAGAUCUUCAACCGCUCAAAGGCCGACAGUACUGCUCUACACAUGCUCAGUGUCGACUGCCAGGUCGCACGCAUUGUUGGGGUGACUGAUGAGCAGAAGAUGAUUAUGGGAGUUGGAUCAGGGCUGGAGCUUGUCACUUUGCCACACGGACGCCAGUUACGACAGGAUUUGUUAGAAAGGCAUCAUCUAAUAGCACUAGGAGUCGCAGUGGACAUCCUUGGCUGCACUGGAACUGUGAGCCAAAGGUCAACUGUCUUACAUAAACUAAUAUUAUUGGCUCAAGCCCUGAAAGAACAUGCCCACAACCUCUACUCCUUCUCAGCUGUGAUGAAGGCUCUGGAGAUGCCUCAGAUAAUGCGACUGGAGAUGACAUGGCGAGCGCUGAGAAGGAACCACACAGAGACGGCUGUUUUAUUUGAGAAGAAACUCAAACCUUUCAUGAACCUGCUGAACGAUGGAGACAGCUCGGUAGUCCAAGGUCCCAUCGCCGUGCCACACCUGGUUCCUCUGCUGAUGGCGAUGGAGGGUGACGACCCAGUGGAGAACAGUGAGCGAGGCUGUCAGCUGCUCUACGACGUCCUCCAGUCGGCUCGCAGUGCCGCGCUGCACGCACAAGAUUAUCAGCAGCACGCACAGUCUCUGCUCACAGGAAGCUGGGAGCCGGUCCCUGAGCUGCUGGAGGCUUUCCGGACGGAGUUCGCCCUGCGGCUGUUCUGGGGUCAGUCGGGGGCAGUGGCCGACAGAGAGGAGCGCUACGAGAAGUUUGACAAGAUUCUUUGUGUACUCUCUGAUAAACUGGAACCCCUGGAGAUCACCCCACAGACACCUGACCCUCUAACCUGAGCCUCAGGGUCCGUUUCACCCAGUGAAACGUGAAAGUCAGCACUUUCACAAGAGGAGAGAAAUACGAAAGUCAAAUGUAUUUAGUUGAGCCUUUGCGCAUCUCGCCCCUGAGGUCACACGGACAUAAAUGAAAUGGUAUUUUUGAGAUGUGAGAGACUUUCAAGCUUGUCAACUUUUAACUUAUAAUGGAAUGAGUUGUAUCUUGAACUUGUGGAUCCUGGGCAGUCUAUCACUGUGAAAAGAGCUGCGUUGGAUUCAGAAAAUCUGGAACGGUUUACCCAAAAAACUAGCAUCUCUUAACUUCUUAAAAUGUGCAUUUCUGAUACUCAGACACCGUUUUAUGGACACCACUCUGAUACUUGAGAUUCAAAAGGAUCAACAUGACUCAAACAGAUAGUUCCCUUUGUACAUGACCUGCUGCUGUAAAGGACCACACUGGGAAUUGUGUUUUUCUAUUUCAGUGUUUUUAAUGCAAUAAAUGGAUGUUAAAUGUAUGCAUUUGUAAUAUUUCUUACAAAUGAUACUGUAAAUAAACAAAGACAAGAAAUGGGGUUUUUUUCUUUUUCACUUUAUGACUCAAAACAAUACAUGUAAAUACGUACAUUUUCUGUUUAAAAAUGGAUCAUACAAUAAUACCCCUUUAAAAUGCUAAGAAAACAUCUAGUGCAGGACAGAGUGGUAGAGACAGAGAUGGGUAAACAGUAUAUGGCUCAAUGUAAGAUUUGUAGAGUCUGAGCUUCACAGUGCAGAGUUUGACACGAGAAGACGGAUUCAUCUGCUGAAAGAGGAAAGUUUCUCUGCGCUCAGACGUGUAUUAAGGAAUGUCCAAUUAGUUUGAUGUGAGUCUAUAAACACUCCUAUCAGAUUUUAAAAGUGCUAUUACUUUUUUACUGGUGUAUACUGUUCUCUUGGCAGUGAUCCAGCAAGGAGCUGAAUCAUAAAACCUCCCAUUUCCUUCCUUUUGAAAUCCACCCUGGUGUCAUUAAUUCAAAAAGGUUUUCAACCAUGAUCAUUGUUUCAGAGACUUGGAGAAGGUCACUAACAGUGAAAAGCUGGAGGCUCAAAAUAUGAAAGCAGAGUAUGAAGUAUGAUAAUCAGGGAAAGAACCAGUUAAGGACCAGAGAUCACUCUGCCAUUUCAAUGCGUAGUAUGAAUUUAAAAGUGAAGACGAGGACUUAAUAAUGGUCUGUUAUCCACUUUUGAGUUGCACGUUUUUCUGGUUUUAUGACGUCAGUGCUGUGAUGAUCUCUGAAGCAGCGACCUCAAACGCAGGCAGUUUAACAAGUGUUUGUGGCAAGAAUUAUAACAUGGUAAAAAAUGCAAGGCAAGUUUCCAUUUCUAAGUCUUCCUGAAACAAUACUCACAUGCGUAUAUGUACAUUGGAGCAGUUUAAUUAUGCUGUUAUUAUUCUUCCUGUUCAUACUGAUUGGUGGUUUAAACAGUCCUCCCCAAAUAUAUAUUCCAAAGUUAAUUUAAAACUCAUAUGAGGCACCAGCAAACUUGAAGUAGUUAUGUAAAAGAGGUUGUAUACCAAAACUGACAUUCUUUUUAGUUUGUAAUUCCUCCUGGUGUUUUCCUGCUGAGCUGGAGGGAUAGCAACACACAGGUAAUUUUGUGUUAAAAAAAAUGAAACUUUGGAGAAAUACCCACUUGAUUAGUCUAACCCAGACUGCUUAAUCCUCUUAUUUUCUGAAAAACUUGACCCAGAAUGAGAUUUUGUCCCCCAGAAGCACAAUAGGAAUGGAACUAAUCGGAGCCGGUAUGAACAAGACGAAUGAUUGCAUCAAACAAAACCUAUUUCAAAUGUUCAUACGGACACGUGACUAUUGUUUAAAGACAACAUAAAAAAACCACAUUUAAAAUCUAUCCUUUACAGUGACACUCCAUGGUGAGAUGUUGCUAAGAGUAGUGGUUUUCAUCCAGUUAUAAGUCAUAAAACAUCACUAUGAUAAAAAGAAAAAAAAAACUCACAUUAUCCUGUCAGGAGAGAGGUUUUUGCAGAGGAAGGACGGUGUUACAAAAAGGAAAAGGAUCAGCAGGUUAUUAGAGAGGGGGAAUGUGGGGGGGAAAAGUCAAGUGAAAGGAUAUAUCAACAUAAAAAUAUGUAGCGCUAAAGGCUACUAUGGUGCUGAAUAUGUCACGCUAGUCAUCACUUAACGCUGCAACAACAACAACAACAACAAAAAAAAAAAGUUCAGGUAUACAUUCACAAGUUUGGAUUUAAAAGAGCUGGAAUCCAUAAAGAUCAUACAGUCUGCGUUUGGAGAGCAGAGAGAGGGAGUGUAGGAUAACAAGCUUUCUAAUCACUCUCUUUCAUCUCGCCACACACAUCACUGGCUGAGAGAA